GCUACAACGAACAGUUUAAAGCGUGCGAUACUUGUUAUGAUUUGAGAGCACUUUGGCUUCAUUGUGUGAACAAUUCGAGCUUCGGUUCACUUCGGUUAGCUCUGUUUAUUAUUGCCAUUGAUGUUAUAAUUUGUCACGAAUCGAACUUUUGGUUUAGUGGUAUUUUUCCUGCAUAACAUAGGGCUUUAAAUGGAUGGCUCCAAGUAUUAGAUAUAACCCUUUAAGAGCAUAUUAACGAGGUGCGUACGUGGAAAUUUUGUUUUGUUAAGAAAUGGCUAGUACAGCGACUACAAGUACGGAAACUAAUUCUAACAAGAAUGGAGACACAGCAGAGACAGAGAGACUUCUCAAAGAAAGAGCUGAAAAGAAUCGUCAGAGAGCACUUUUGUUAAAAAAAUCUAAACUUGUAACUCAUCCAUACACGAGAGAAAAUGGUGACUCUAUAAAAGGAAGAAUGAUAAAAGUUCAAGGGCAGCGUGUUAUCGAUAGCGGUGGAGGCUUCUUGAUAGAAGAAAACGAUGAAUUAGAACAGCAAAUGUUGAAGAUUAGAACCGAACCAGAUCCAGUUAUUGGUAAAUUUACUGAGUGUGAGGAGUGUCAACAGGAAUUUGAAGAUUCGUAUCUUAUGCGAACAUUUGAUCUAUCUGUUUGUGAUAAGUGCAGAGAUAAAGAGGGAAAGCACUCCUUAAUUACCAAAACUGAAGCUAAACAAGAAUACCUGUUGAAAGAUUGUGAUCUCGAUCGACGGGAACCUGUGUUGAAAUACAUCGUACGGAAGAAUCCUCAUAAUGUAAAUUGGGGCGAGAUGAAGUUAUAUCUGCAUCUGCAGAUUGAACAGAGGGCUUUGGAAGUUUGGGGCUCGGAAGAACAACUGUUGAAGGAGAAGGAAGCGCGCGAUUUAAAGCGGGAAGGAGCUAAGAUUAAGAAAUUCAAUAAAAAGAUCAAACAGCUGCGAAUGCAAGUGAGGAGUUCGUUGUAUGAUAAGACGACCAAAGCGUCGCACGUCCAUGAGUUUGGAGAAGACACAUAUAAUGAAGAGGAUGAUACGUAUACGCAUAUUUGCACAACGUGCGGUUAUGAGGAAACGUAUGAAAAAAUGUGAAUGUCCGAAUAUUACUCACGAUAGCAUUAAUUGACGUAUAUUUGAUAUCUUUAUGAGAGAAAAUAUGAUUUUCUCUCAUGAACAUACGAUCUUAUAAAUAAGACUGAAAAGAAAUUUGCUUUUUCUCUCGAAAAUUAAGACACGCGUGAUAUUUAUAUUUUAUUGAUCAAUGUAGUUCUGAUUUAUAUACUUUUUCAUUAUUUCACAAAAUCAGAUUUCAAACCAAAA